CAACCCAUCACAGAAAAAAACAGUCUCUCUCUCUCUCUCUCUCUCUUCUCUCUCACACACACACACACACAAAGAUAGGAAUACAGGAUGGGGUGUGUUUGCUAUAAACUAUCUAGUGGUAACCUCGCAACAACUAUCUCCAUUUUAUCCAUCUCUUCCAACCUAAAUCAAAUAUCCCUUUUCUUCAUGUAAACCCCCAAAAAAAUUCAAUCUUUCCCACACACACACACAGAGUAGAGAGAGAGAGAGAUUAGAGUAGUGCUCCGUCCGCCAUGGAAGGAACCCUCUUCCCCAACAGACCAGCAUUUCCAGUUCCGACAACAAAACCCUCCUCAAACCCUAACCACAACCGCCUCAAAUUCAACACUUCCAGCCUCCCUCUCCCUCCAUUAAUCCCCCUAAAUCAACAACAACAACAAUCCACAAACUCAUUCCCACUCGAUUCCCUCCUCCAGCACCUCCUCCACAUCUCCGCCCCCGUUAAAUCAUCCCUAACUUCUUCCCACGUCGUACCUUCCCACAAUCAAGAUUCUCUGUCGGCCCAUUUCAGGAAAGACGACGCCGUUUUGGUUGGAACGGCCGGAAACGAUGAAGGGUCCCUCGAUUUUCUCCCGUUGAAAUGUAAGCUCCUUCUCAACUCGAUUUUAGAACAGCCCGUUUCGAAUUCGCAUUCGUUUUUCGAUUCUGUGAAAUCGGAGCUGCUCCGCGAAAUCGAUUUGAUGAGCCUGUUGAAGGGUUUGGAUAUUUCCGGGGCCAGCGAGAAGGCGAUUCUGCUGUUCGAAUGGGUUGUUGUCAAUCUUGAUGCGUCCAAUAGUGAUAAAUUGGAUAACCAGAUUAUCGAAUUGAUGGUCAAGAUUCUCGGUAGGGAGUCUCAGCAUUCGGUUACGUCGAAACUGUUUGAUGUGAUUCCAUACAAGGAUUUCACGCUCGAUGUUCGAGCGUGGACUACCAUCUUGCAUGCGUAUUCUCGCAGCGGCAAGUACGAUAAGGCGAUUGCAUUGUUCGAUUUCAUGAAGGGCAGAAGCUUAAACCCUACUCUAGUUACCUACAAUGUGAUGUUGGAUGUGUAUGGUAAAAAGGGGCGAUCUUGGAAUAAAAUUCUCGACCUUUUGGAUGAAAUGAAAAGCGUAGGGCUCGAAUUCGACGAGUUCACUUGUAGUACUGUGUUAUCUGCUUGUGGGAGAGAAGGGUUAUUGGAGGAGGCGAAGAGUUUUUUUGAUGAGCUUAAGUUAAGCGGCUACAUACCGGGAACCGUAACGUAUAACUCGUUGCUCCAAGUUUACGGGAAAGCGGGAAUUUACAACGAGGCUUUGAGUGUAUUGAGAGAAAUGGAGGAGAAGAAUUGCCCACCAGAUUCAGUAACUUACAACGAACUUGUGGCUGCGUAUGUAAGGGCUGGCUUUCAAGACGAAGGGGCGGCGUUUAUCGAAACUAUGGCUCAAAAGGGUAUAAUGCCUAAUGCGAUUACUUACACAACUGUUAUAGAUGCGUACGGUAAAGCUGGAAAAGAGGACAGAGCUCUGAGUUUGUUUCGACAGAUGAAGGAAUCGGGAUGUGUACCUAAUGUGUGUACGUACAAUUCCAUUCUUGGAAUGCUCGGGAAAAAAUCACGUGUAGAUGACAUGAUGGAGAUUAUAUCCGAUAUGAAAUCCAACGGCUGCAAACCGAAUCGUGUGACUUGGAACACAAUGCUUGUCAUGUGCGGCAACAAAGGCAUGCAGAAGUACGUGAACCGUGUUUUCCAAGAGAUGAAGAAUUGCGGGUUUGAACCAGAUAGAGACACUUUCAAUACCUUGAUAAGCGCGUACGGUAGGUGCGGAUCGGAAAUCAGUGCUUCGAAGAUGCACGAAGAGAUGAUUAAAGCUGGAUUUUCGCCGUGCAUAACAACUUAUAACGCACUUUUAAACGCGUUUGCUCGAAGAGGUGAUUGGAGGGCGUCGGAAUCGGUCGUUCUUGAUUUGAGAAACAAGGGUUUUAAACCCAACGAGACAACUUAUUGUCUGAUGAUCCAAAGCUACUCUAAAGGAGGAAAUAUCAGAGGAAUCGAAAGGAUCGCUAAAGAAAUCUACGACGGCCACAUUUUUCCGAGCUGGAUGCUCUUGAGAACUCUCGUUCUCGCGAACUUCAAGUGCAGAUCGCUCGUGGGAAUGGAGAGGGCGUUUCAGGAAUUUCUCAAGAACGGGUACAAGCCCGAUUUGGUGCUCUUCAAUUCGAUGCUCUCGAUUUUCUCGAGGAACAGAAUGUAUGACCGAGCACAAGACAUGAUCCAUUUCAUACGCGAAAACGGAUUGAAGCCCGAUUUGGUAACCUACAAUAGCUUGAUGGAUAUGUACGCUAGGGCGGGCGAUUGUUGGAAAGCGCAAGAAGUGCUUAACGGGUUGCUAGAGGGGAACGGGCGGCCCGAUCUUGUUUCGUAUAAUACGGUUAUUAAAGGGUUUUGCAGACAAGGGCUUAUGCAGGAGGCUAUGAGGACUUUGACCGAGAUGACUAGUCGAGGUAUAAGGCCUUGCAUUGUGACGUAUAAUACUUUUGUAGCGGGGUUUUCGGCGAGAGGGUUUUUUCAAGAAGUGGAUGAGGUGAUUAGUUAUAUGAUUGAGGAUAAUUGUAGGCCGAACGAGCUUACGUAUACUACUAUCGUGGAUGGGUAUUGUAAGGCGAAGAAGUACAAGGAUGCGAUGGAGUUUGUUUCGAGGAUUAAGGAGAAAGAUGGGUUGUACGGUGAGGAAUCCACGCAGAGGCUCGUUUCGAGGAUCAGGGAGAAUAUGGAAUCUUGACUUGCUUCGACUUGUGGGUUUUUGAUCUUUCACAGCCCGAGAGGUUAGGGGCAAAAUUGUCCUUUUGCCUGCGGCGUCUUGAUACUACUAUCUUUGGGAGGUUAUCGUACUAUAGAGAUCGUAUACGACGGUUGAGUCUUCUUGUCGGAAAAACUUACUGUGCCAUUUGAUGUUUUCGUUCUUUUCUUCUUUCGUUUCUCUCUUUGGAAUCGAUUUUGAUUUCCAUGGAGAUGUGUUCUUUUUUUUUAAACACUUGUCUGUGAAAUAAUCUAUGUAUUACUUGUAAGUAUUUUUUUGCCUGUAACAUCUGGUUAUUGCCAUGUUUUUCAUUUGCUGAUAUUGGCCAUUAUUAUGAAA